CUUAGGUGGACAAGCAAAUAUAAGAGCUUUAGUGUUCCUGUUUUUUUGUUUUACUUUUUUACCGCGUGAAUGGCAUCCAUGCCUUACAAAGACACUUGCAAUAUCAGUGUCCAGGAAAUGAAGCAGCAGGAGGGGUCGGCGAGCAGCAGGGUGAGGAGCUUUUCCGUCCGGGACUUGCUUCAGCUCCCCGACAACCCGGCCAAAGUGAGCGACCUGCAGCAGACCCUAGUGGAUGACGGGGGCGGCGUCCUGGCCUCCUCCGAGAAGGUCCUGCCGCACCUCGACGACUGCAACCCCAUCCAGGCGGCGGCCGACUCGACCGAGAACACGAAUGUCGUCGAGGACGAGCCCGAGGAGGACAUGGAGGGCGUGGAGGUGUCCGACGAGCCCGAGGACGGCCACGAGCACCACGGCCGCAAGAGGAAGCGCCGCAUCCUGUUCACCAAGUCGCAGACCUACGAGCUGGAGCGGCGCUUCCGCCAGCAGCGCUACCUGUCGGCGCCGGAGCGCGAGCACCUGGCGUCGCUCAUCAACCUCACGCCGACGCAGGUAAAAAUAUGGUUCCAGAAUCACCGCUACAAAACCAAGAAACUCUACCGCGAGAAGGGCCUCCCCUCCACGCUGGAGAACCCCUACGUGCCGACGUCGAACCCCCUGGGCUCGCUGCCGAGUGCGCUGCGCCGCCUGACGGUGCCCCUCCUGGUGCGCGAGAGGCUGUCGUCGGUGAGCAGCAGCGGCGGCCGGACAGACGCCCUGCCCCACGAGACGACGAGCCCCCUGCUGGAGCCCCGACUGCCGCCGCCCCUGCACAUGGCGCCUUCGGUAGCCUUCCCGGGGCUAUUUUCGGGUCUGUUCGGGGCAUCCCAGGGCUUGCUCCCUCCGGCCCUCUCGCAGAACCCUCUCCCUCACGCCCUGGCAGCCUCCCUCACCUCCUCCCUGCUGCUGCCGUCCCACCCGCUCUUCUCGACGGCCUCCUCCCUCUCCACGCCGCUGUCCCUCUUCUCCACGCCCCCCGCCAGUUCCACCGGCGUCGCUCCCAGCAUCGCCCCCGUCACCGUGCUGGAAGGGGGCAGUCGCUCGGCCUCUUCCUCGCCGGUGACGUCCCUCUCGCCGCCGCGGCCGCCCUCGCCCGUCACGAGCGCGUCCGCGGAGACCUCCGUCAGCGCCUCGGCACAGGUGGCCUCCCGCUGGUGACCCCAGACGCCAGGGUAGAGCAGCCUGCGCGGAGACCUGACUCGUGUAGCAUUUGUUGUUGUUGCGAAUACUCGACCAUGGCCGUUGGUGGUGAAAUGUGAACUGAUGCAUUUCACUGUGUGCCUUAGGUGUAUAGCAAAGUGUUUCAUGUGUCCCCCGAUGAGUGAUGAUUGUGAUAGUCAUUAGUUAUAUAGUUUAUGUAUAUUUAAAUGAAAAAAAUAUAAGAUUUCCCCCUCCCUUCUCGAUAGUUGGCGGAGUUUAAGCAGGUAACGUGCAGGACCAUCGCUCGGAACUAGCACAUUUCUGCUUGAUACAGUGACGACGGAGCAGCUGGAGGAGCGAAGGGCAGUGCAGGUCAGACGCAGAAGUAAUCAAUACUAUUCUCGGGGCCUCUGACAUGGCACCGUCAUAGCUGUUUUCACAAGGACUAUCAAUAUGUGACAAAAUAAGCACGUAAUGACACAUCCCUGUGACACUUGUUUUAACCUCCUCACCCCAGUGUUGUGUUCAGCAGGGUUCGCUCGGAAAGUGAACACCCUCGGAAAAAAAUGCGCUGCUGUGUGUCAAAUCCUCGAAAAAAAAUACAACCCCCACCGGAGUUUCUUGGGUUAAAGCACUUCGACGCUAGUGUUAAGGGGAACGCGGAGCGGGCAGUGUCUCUCACCCGAGCUAGUGUUACCCUAGUCUAGAGUGUUCAACUGUAUCCCGCACUUGGAACCUCCUUGCACUCCACCCCUACCCCCUUCUCCCCUCUUUGCCUGGACUCCCACGCUGCCCCGAGAACAACAGAGAGAAAACCCACAAAUGCACAACAUGGUGGACACCCAAAACGCUGUACAGAAAGUGUUACGUAAUUAUAAUAACGAUUACUCGCCACUCCUGCGGGUUAUUUUCUGUGACCCCGUGAGUCUUGUGUGUCACGAGGAACAGGACAUGAUAUUCUGUGAAUAUUAUAAACCCCUUUGUUAGACCUUGCCAUGCGACGCGAGAAAUGCGUGUCGAACAUCAUGCAAAAAAAUUAGGUGAGGAAAAAAAUAAUAAUAUGCUGGUCGUUACUUUGAUCUUUAAAGCGUUAUGUAAAUAAUUUAUUUAAAAGUAAUGAAUAAUAAUGACGAUUCCUGGAA